GGCGAGGGCUUGGGCCUUGGGGGAGGAGGCGUCGCGGACUAGGGCGCGCACGGAGUGUUGGUGGCUUUUGGAGGCGAGGAGCGCGCGGGCGGUGGCGCCGCCUUGUUUGCCUGUUGCGGCGAGGACGAGGACUUUGACCAUUUUGGCUGGGGGUGUGGUGUGGUGUGGUGUUUUGGGUUGGUGGUAGGUAUUGCGGUAGGAUGGGACUUGUAUGAUAUGCCCCUAUUUGUUGAGUUAUGUGUAUCCCUAUUCUGUUGCCUUACACACGUCGACCUCGGUAGCAAACGAGGCCAGACGCAUCACCGCAUCACACCCACCCCGAGCUCGCCAUACCCACGCUCAGGAGUCAUGCUCGAAGCGGAUCGCAUGUAUCAUUCCUCGUUAAUUAGCGACGGAAGAUACAUCGCUUCGGCACACUCUGCGUGCGGCGGUGUGGCCUGCCAGUUGUUCGUAGUUUCGAAAGGACCAUCAGAAUUCCCCAGAGCGGUUUGACGACGAGUCCGAAUCCCGA